AUUUCAAUUUAAAAUGGACACCAAAGACGUCUCUUCUGUCGAUUUUAGCCAAUUCUCUGAAAAAGUUUACGAGGAGUUUGGGAAGGAUGCUAAAAGUACCCUCAGGGAUCUGUGCGUCAUCAAGUCGGUGAUUAAGCCAAAACAGUUUGUUGAUUUUCUACAAAAGCAAUGGCAGGAGCUCUCCACGUCAGAGAUGUCUCUGUCGUCCUCCACUCAGGAAGACGCGGAGCUGAGUUUGCUAGCCGACUAUGCGGAGUUGUGUAAAACUUUUGAUGAAUAUCCCACAAAUUUGCGCAAGUUGCCGCCACCUAAAAAACUACAGCGAGCCAAUAGCACCAUGCUCAAGGGAGUAAGCUGUGAUUUAGAACCAGAUCAAUAUAUGCAUCAUCAGUCCACAUCGGCUGAUUUGGUGCGACUAGAUAUGCAACGAGGUGCUAAGCAACUGUACAGGGAUUAUCAUCAGUUCCACGGCAAACUCAACAAAAUCUGUGAACAAGCUGCUGCAAAGAGCGACGACGAAAAGGUGUACCAAGAGAAGAUCAAACAAACCCAAGGCUUUGCCCAGCAGCUAGAUAAACUAAUACCCAAAGAAGAGGGGCAAUGUUCAGAUGCCUUCACAGCCAACGAAUCAGAGAAAUUGAAGGCCAUAGCCGAUAGCUUGGAACAACUCAACUACUUGCGCUCUCACGAAAAUGUACGUUUGCCUUAUGAUACUUUCAGCAAAGACUUGGAAGCACUCGUAGAUAUCGUAUCCAAUACUUUAAUUCAAAUUAGUUGCUUAUAAUAAAUUGAGAUUUUUGUUAUGGCCAAGA